AUGGAAGACAACAAGAUCAAGGUAAUUUUUCUAUUUUUCUCUUUCAAAAUAAAUUUUUUUCAACUUUUUAGGCCUAUCGCCUCAUCGGUUAUGCCGCAGUUUCUCUUUCGGCCGUCGGAAUUCUUUCGGUUUGUAUAACUUUGCCAUUAGUUUACUCCUACGUUAGCAACUUGCGCACUCAAGUUCAUUCCGAAUUGCGUCAAUGUCGUGAAACUGUCAACUCGGUUUAUGCAACUGCGGUCGCAAUGCCAUCAGUUUCGGGAAACCGUACAGCCCGUCAAGUGGGAUACACAGCCGACGUUACUGGAAAUCCACAAGGGUCACAAGACAAAUGCAACGAUUGUUGUUUGCCGGGACCUGCCGGGCCUGUCGGUGCCCCUGGUAAUCCAGGACGUCCAGGAAGACCAGGAGCUCCAGGAGCUCCAGGAAACCCAGGAAAACCACCACAAGCACCUUGCGAUCCAACAACUACUCCUCCUUGUCCUCCAUGUCCAGCUGGACCACCAGGAGCUCCAGGAGCACCAGGAGCACCUGGAGGUGAAGGACCACCAGGACCACCAGGAAACAACGGACCAGAUGGAGCUCCAGGACAACCAGGACAUCCAGGAAGCACAGGAAUUAAUGGAAAGCCAGGACAACCAGGACCAAGAGGACCACCAGGGCCACCAGGACCAAGCGACGAGCCAAAACCAGGAGCAGCCGGAACCCCAGGAAGACCAGGGCCACGUGGACCACGCGGACCAGCUGGACUCAAAGGCAAAGAUGGUGGACCAGGAGCUCCAGGAGGACCGGGACCAGCUGGAGAACCAGGAAAGCCAGGAGCCGAUGGAGCACCAGGUCAACCAGGAAGCCCAGGAGGAGAUGGUCAACCAGGAGAGAAGGGAAUCUGUCCAAAAUAUUGUGCUAUCGAUGGAGGAGUCUUCUUCGAAGAUGGAUCUCGUCGUUAG